AUGAAGAGGAGAGCUAUCAGGCCGGACGGCAACGGUUCGUCCCAACAAGUGACGUUGGAGACAGCAGAACCGAACCAUUUUUUGAAUCCAGAGGAUCACCUUCAUAAUAUCAGACUCCAUCAGCUGUUCCACAGGUAUGUAUUACAGUUUAAGAAUGGCAUCUUCCAAGAUUUAGAACUUUUCUGGACUUUUAACUUUCAAAUUGCGAUAACAUCUUUAUAAAAUAAGAUAUAAUGAUGAAACUACAGCAUUAUAUACUAUUUUAAAAUUUUAUAUGCUUUUUAAACCUUUUAAAUUUCUAUUUGAUACCUAUUUUACAAAAAAAGUUAUGACGGAAAUAAGUUUGAAUUUUUGUGUUUUUAGGUAAUGGUGAAUAUAAAAAUUUUAUUUUCUAAGCCUAAACGAGAUUUUAAUAAUAAUAUUUUUAGCUACAAGGACCUGGAGCUAGCAUUGUACGAAUACAUGGCCAAAACCGGAGUCAGACUAGUCAAACCAUCGAGUAAUUGGUUAAGAGCGGGCAUGGACGGAGCUACUCAAGAAGACGUCGAAAGGUGUAUUUACCACCGUAUCAAUUACCAUUGCGUGUUUCACAAACCACCGAUGAGGAAGAUGGUCAAGCGCCCGAGACGUGACAUCAGCCACAUCAAAGACUUUUGUCAAUUCGAUUUGGUCAUUCAGUACGAUGUGAACUUUCAUUGCUUGAGCAUCAAGUCGAUUCGAGGACAACACAGUCAUUUGCCGACGAAGGAGGCUUCUGAAGAGAAACAGAAUGAAUCCAGAUACAGAUUUCUGUCUAAAUGUAAAACUUGUAAGUUUUUUGAGAUUUGGUGUUUAAAUUUAGGAAAAUUGGGUUUUUGUUACCUAAAAUAUUGGAAAUUUGAAUUAUUUUUUACCUAAAAUUAUACAAAUGGCGCCUUUAUUAUCUAAAAUCGUUAAAAUUAUGCUUCUGUUACCUAAAAUUAUAAAAAUGAUGCUCUUUUUACCUAAAAUUAAAAUAACUUAAUUUUUAUUACCUAAAAUCAUAAAAUGGUGUUUUUGUUACCUAAAAUUACAUAUAAUUCUAUUUAUGCCACUUAAAACCUAUAAAGGGUUUUUGUUACCUAAAAUAUUGCAAAUAUGACUUUUGUUACCUAAAAAUGAAAAAAAAUGUUUUCAGUGGAAUGUAUGGAGAAAGUCCUCGGUUACCGACAACCAAAUUACGUUAAAACCGAAGUCUACCGCGUUAAAGCACCAUCAAAGAAGGUAGAACAGCUCAGCGAAGACGCGUACAAAGCCACCAUCGAUAAGUACAUGUACCGAACUCCAACAUAUUACCCACCCGAGGUCUGGGAGAUAAUUAACACCGAGCUAGAAAUAUUGGCUUCCGAAGCCAGGAAUGAACAAGGGCACGGAACGGUGAGGAAGCUGGUGAAACGACGAGCGUUUGGAGAUUCUGGUGAAGGACUAACGGCUGAGAAGAAGAUGGUACACCGUAUGCUGGAUGUAUGGUACCCUGAGAAUGUUGUAGAUGGUUACAACGCCUAUCCAGAUCAGUACUAUAACCAAGAAGCUCCAAUGAUCGAUCAAGUGCCAAUGUACCAAAAGGCAGCGGAAACAGGGCCAAGUGCACCAAGCUUGACAAUGCAACUUCAGAGUGGACCAAAGGUACCAGAGAAUCAAAUAAUCACACCAAAUCAACCAAUGGUACCAAAAGAUUAUACAGGACCUCAAAAGUGGGAAAGUGUACCAAAUAAUGGAUUCGUGCAACAGCGAGAAGCACCACGGUACCAGAAGAUAUCAAGAAACGAGCCAGUUAUACCAGCUGUAAAGAUGGAACCACCACGAGAGCAAAUGGAUCUACCUUAUCACAAUAGGCCUAGAUAUGACUCAAGUGUACUAUCAUGUCAAAGUUCUGUUCAAAGUGGACCAAUUGUACCAUAUUUUGAAAUGUCACCUCCAAGUGAAACAAUGGGUUCAUUCUUUGAAAUGUCACCUCUGAAUGAACCAAUGGUACUAUAUACUGAUAUGUCAUUGAAGAAUUAUCCAAUGGUACAGUCUGGACAAGAAAUGGUACCACAUUAUCAAAUGUCAUCUCAGAAUGCACCAAUAGUACCAUCAUGCCAAAUGCCACUGCAGAAUGCACCAAUAGUACCAUCACGCCAAAUGACGCCUCUAAUCGAGCAAAAAGCUCCACUAACACCACCUCAUGAAAUGGUACAGCCGGGAAUGGUACCAUCUAUGUACUACGAAGAUGUUGCACAAGCCGACCUGUCCAGCGAAGACUUGAAUAAUAUCCUGGGCGACCUGUUUGCCAACUUUCACAGUCCUGAUAAUGGUCAAUGUAUGGCAAAGCAGAACAACAACUACUCUUACGAUGUACUGUAA